CAAAGAAACCAGCUGGCAUGAAAUGGUACGAAUAAUAGCUGACAGGUGCUUUGAAUAUGUUUUUACAAAAUUUUCCUCGCAAUUUAUAUUCUUCAGUCAGUUCUCCUAUUUUUCCUCCGAAUUACAGCGUAUUUUCAAACUUUUCAGUUCUGAUUCUAUCUUAUGUCUGAAACAUAAAAUAUAAUUGACCCAGGGGUUAAGUAAACAUAUUGACAAGAUGUUUGGCUCGAAAUAUAUUUUGGUGGCUUUAACACUACAGGUGUUAAGUGUCCUCGACUUGGUGGUCAAUGGUCAGUUCACAGAACAGUGUCCCGAUACAGAAGUUGUGCAGGCUACAACUGUCGCCUGUUCUGGGAAUGCGGACUGUUGGACUGUGCACUCCGAUGCAGGUACCUGCGUGGUCGUGCAGGGAAGCGAAAACUGCUACUGUUCCACAAACAAAUUCGGAUACGCACUGAACCAGACAACCCAAAAGUGUGAUCUACAAAUUGACGAAUGUGCAUGUGGCUACUCUGGAUGUCUGCAUCAAUGCACUGAUUUGGACCCAGCAACUGACUCGACAAACAGACGAUUUGUAUGCUCAUGCAAUGUUGGAUACGACCUGCUAAACGACUUCAACUGCAUUGAUAUUGACGAGUGCGCUGCAAACACAACAGUCUGUGGCGCCAUUGGAUCCUCUACCUGUGCUAACAACGAUGGGUCAUAUGUGUGCACAUGUAAUGCUGGAUGGACCGACACCGGAAACUUCUGCACAGAUAUCGACGAGUGUGAUCAAACUCCCUGCAGUCAUACGUGCACCAAUGUUGAGGGUUCGUUCACGUGCAGCUGCCCAACUGGAUACGAACUAGUUGCCGACAAUUUGAACUGUGAUGAUACUGAUGAGUGUGAGGUGGACACCGACAACUGCAACCAGACAUGCACAAACACUGUGGGGUCUUUCGAGUGUAGCUGCAAUGAGACCUACUUUCUGGAAGACGAUGGAUAUUCUUGUUCUGCAGUAAACUGUCCAGAGAACGAAACAUGCUCCAUACAAUAUGACGUUCGCAUAGCCAUUUCGGAAUACUGGAUUAGCCACCUGUACGACAAUUCAACUGAGACCUUCCAGCAUGCCGCGAAAUCACUAGAAUCUCAGUUUCGAGACGGUUUUCUCCUCAACAACGAAAGUUGGGUUCUCAACUCCUACAAACUACUCCGAUUUGACUUGAAGAGCUCUGAAGAGUAUUUCGCCUACUUGAACAUUACAAUUGAAGACACUAAUGCAACCCUGGGUGGCAGAACCGAUUCAUACAUCGAGUUGGUUGUGAGAAACGGUUUCGAUACACUGGACACUUCGACCUACACAAACAAAGUGGAGGUAGUUUUUGAGACAUUUGAGAUUCUCAGAAACCAACAAGAGAGUAUAAACGUCGCGCUAACUUGCACUCAUACAGGGAUGAUCAUUCACAUCGACGAGAGCCAAUUUACAGAUGGAGUGGGGGAGAAUAACUUGACACUAGCCGAUGAGGCAUGCAACUUCACUAAGACUGGUCAGACCUGGAUUGUUGAGUACGCCUACAACGAAUGUGGAGUGGAGCGCGAGGAGUUUCCGGAGAAUGGAACCAUUCGGUACACUCAAUAUGUGCUGUACGGAGAUACAGCUCGAGAGGUGUUCGAUUCCGGAUCUAACUUGGCCUGGGUGUCUGCUCGGUCGCACAUCUUCACGCUGGAGUGCAACUACAGGCAUAGUGAGGCUUUCGGGACGGAACUGGAGUUCUUCGAGGCUGAGGUGGUCGAGGCGGUGGGUUCAUUCAACGUCUCUCUCUUCCUCUACGAAGACUACUCCUAUGGUCAAGUUGUGGCUGACUACCCUUGGUACGUGCCGGGGGACAACAGCCAGCUGUCAUUUGAGGCCAGACUGGCCACUGGGGACAGCCAGCUGGGACUGUAUCUGGAAGAGUGCUGGGCCACACCCUCCCCAGACAUUUAUGACCAGGACAAGGUCAUCAUCAUGACCAACGGUUGUGCGGCUGAUGAAGAUUUUGAGUGGGUGGGGCAAGUCGACAACAACCAGGCAGUUCGGUUCACAUUCGUCGCCCACAAGUUCAUUAACCUCUCCAAAGGAGGAGAGGCGCUGGAGGAGACCUACUACUUCUGCUACUAUGAAUUGUGCGACCAGACCGAACAGAUAUGUGCAGAUAGUCUCCUGCCAGAAAAUUGGUUCAAUACAUGUGACGACCAGACCAAACGAGUGAGGCGAAGCGCACGCUUCAACAAGAAUACGGCCGGAAUCAUCAGCGUCACAGUGGCUUUCUUGCCCGAAAACUCCACUGCUGCGCCGCUUGCAAAAGCCGACCCACUAAUCAGUGACGUCGCCCUGGCGAGCAUAAUCUCAGUGGUCGCCAUGAUUACCAUUUCGGCGUUCCUUAUAACGCUGUGCUUGAUUCUUCGAUUCCAAAAUGCCACAUUCGCUCGACACGUAGAGCGUCUUGCAGGACAACACAUGCAGCCUCGGGGACCAUAUGGCGACGACGGAAACACGUGGGGGUCCAACAGUACCAUGGAUACUGGGAUUAACAUCCGACGUCUUCAGCCAGGACACAAAGGGUAUUGAGACAUGCUGCGACGACGGCCAGUUGGCCGGAAAUUUCAAGGCAACUGAUUGAAAGGCUUUACUGUGUAUAUCUCUUAUCAUCGUAGAAAAGACAAAUAGUACUGUUCAUUUUAGAACCCAUUUUAUGUUUGAUCGAAUUGAACUAUGUAGAGAACAUGAGAAAACUAAAAGCGCCUACAGAAUCUUGUCCGUAUCGGAAAAUGUUCCCGCAGUGACAAAAAUGGAUAGAUAUUGAUUAUCUGCAGAAAAGUA